AUGGCAGCUGCAUCACCCAGUAUUCGACUUAGCUUCCUUGCUCCAGGCGAUCAGUCCAAGUACGAGUCUCUUUUUGCACAAGCAGCUCCUAGCAGCAAGUUCAUGUCUGCUGCACAAGCAAGGGAGGUGCUUUCUCGAUCAGGAUUGGAUUCUGAAACGUUGGCCAGGAUAUGGGAUUUAUCCAAUGUGACGCAGGAACCACAGCUCACCUUUCCUGAAUUUGCUGUUGCCAUGUAUUUGACAUCAAUGCGAAUGACCGGUCGUGAUAUUCCAUCCACAUUACCCGAUGCUAUACGAAACGAGAUCCAAACAGCAACAGCCAUGAUACGCUCAACUACAGACACUGUGCCUCCUCAGCCAACGGGAUUACGCUCAUCAUCAUCACCUUCUUUACUUGGCGUUCAACCCAUGCCUCAACGUUCUAAUUCAACAUCCAUGUUACAAUCGCUUGCAAAAGGCCAAACGAUUCAAUCGCAACCUACUGGAUAUCAACAAUCUCAACCCACUGGAAUGCAACAACCAUCAUUUACUGGAUUGCAGGCACAAAUGACAGGAGUACAACCUAUGCCAACAGGUCUUCAACAACCAUCCAUGACCGGUCUUGCAUCACAACCCACAGGGAUGUUACAACAACAACAACAGCCCACUGGACUCCAAGUGCCAAUGAUUACAGGCGUCACACCCAUGAUGGGCAACAAUAUCCAAGUGGCUAUGCCUACAGGGAUGGCAGGCAACAAUAUGGAUUUCACCAAUCAAAUGAUGCCUAAUGCUCAAAUGGGAGGAAAUCAUCAAUUCCAAGCCAUCACGGGGAAGGUGAAGAUUCCAUGGGCAGUAACGACUGAAGAAAAGCAACGCUAUUCCAAGGUGUUCAAAUCAUGGGAUGCUGACAACAAAGGCUAUAUCUCUGGAGACAAGGCCAAAGAAAUCUUUACACAAUCGGGAUUGGCACAAAACAUUCUUAUGCAAAUAUGGAAUUUAUCAGAUCCCAACAACCAAGGCAAACUUAAUGUGGAUGAAUUUUGUGUUGCCAUGCAUUUGAUUUACCGCAAGCUCAAUGGAUACGACGUACCUACAUCUCUACCAGCCGAAUUGGUUCCACCUUCGACACGUCAACUCAACGAGACUGUCAGUGAGCUGAAAAACUCCAUUUUACAAGAUAUCGCGAAGAAACGCCAUUUGACCAACUUUAGCUCAUCGCCUUCACUUUCACCACCCACCACCCGUGGCAGUCCAUCACGGGCUCGAAGUGUUAGUCCUGGACCUACAAGCAGCAGCAGUAGUAGUCGACGACGGGAAAAGUAUGUGGAUAAUGAUGAUUCAGAGCCUGUUUAUGUAUCGAGUGCGCGACGUAUGGGGCCUGAUCGUAGUCGAUGGGGACAAUCACGCGAUGGCUCACCUUCACCUACUGCCUCCAAAUCUUCGGGUACAACAACAUCCAGCUACGGCUAUCGUGGCAAAGCAACUCGAAUUUCGGAUAUGCGAAAGGAGAUUGCUCAACAAAAAGAACGUCUCAAGCAAUUGGAACAAGAAGCCAUUUCUAGAAAAGCGACACCUUACAAUGAGCUUUCAUACACGGAUCGCAAAGAUAUCGAUGAAGUCAAGGAAAAGAUUCGAGAAUUGCAGUCUGAGAUCAGAAGUCGCUCGAAUCUGAAAUCCAAUUAUCUGAUUGAGACGUCGUUGCGGAAGCUUGUUCAACAAUUGCAAGAAACAGAAGAGGACUUGGCAGAGAAAAAGAAGCAAUUGACCAAGCUGAAGGCAUCAAAGGAGAGUAGCAACAGUGCCGCUGGAUUGGAUAUUGUUGGUACAGGCCCCAAUGGUGAAAUCACAGAGAGUGAUCGUAUUCGUGCAAAGGCAAAAGCAAUGGUGGCGGCACGUAUGGGCAAGAUCACUGGCAAAAGUAGUACCAUUGAUGUCACAGCAGAAUUGGAUGCAAUUGAUCAAGAAAAAAUGGCGUUUAUUGGUCAUGCAGACUCGGUAUCAGCCAUGAUCCAAGAUGUCGAAGAUCAAGUCAACUCUGUAAGGAUGGAGACAAGCCUACUUGGUCUUGAUAUAAGAAAGCAUGAGCAAGAUCAGAAAAAGAUCGAUGAACGACAACGGUUUGAAAAAGGCGAUGGUGUGGCCAUGGAUCUCAAAGACUUUAUUCAGCAAUUGGCAUUUGAAGUAGCUACAGCUAAAGCACCUGAUGUAGACCCUAGUUUUGAAUCCCGUUUCCCAUCCUUUGAACCAUAG